AUGCCACUUUACUCAAAGUUUCUGAAGGAUAUGCUAACCAAGAAGAGCAAAUAUAUCCAUAAUGAUAAAAUUGUGGUGGAAGGAAACUGCAGUGCUGUGAUUCAAAGAAUCCUUCCACCCAAAUACAAGGAUCUAGGGAGUGUCACAAUCCCUUGCUCUAUUGGUGCAGUGUCAGUUGGAAAAACUCUCAUUGAUUUAGGGGCUAGCAUAAAUUUGAUGCCUCUCUCCAUGUGCAGGAGAAUUAGAGAGUUGGAGAUUAUGCCAACAAGAAUGACAUUGCAGCUGGCAGAUCGUUCUAUAACAAGGCCGUAUGGUGUGAUUGAAGAUGUUCUAGUCAAGGUGUAG